AUGGAUGCGUCACAUUUUCCGCCCGCCAGCACAUCUCAUGUGGCGGACCAGUUUGAACAGGAUCCUCAUGUGACGGAGGAUACGGCCCCCGCGCCGGCUUACAAGGACGGUUACAGCAGCGAUUCGCGCGCCCACUAUUCCUCCCAUUCCACUGUUGAAUACCACUCUCCCACUCGCGAGUAUCAGUCUCAUGAUGAUGCCCGGCCGACGCCUUCUCCUUUGACCCAACCUCAAAUGCCUUCGUCGUCUCGGCCGAGUUCCGGAUUGUCCAGUGCACCCGGCAUCUCCCAGACUAGCCAGGACGUCAGCCAGAAGCAGCCAUCGCAGCAGCAAACGAAGAACAGCGUGGUGAUCAAGGUCGGAAUGGUCGGGGAUGCUCAGAUCGGAAAGACUAGUCUGAUGGUCAAAUAUGUGGAGGGCAGUUGGGACGAAGACUACAUUCAAACGUUGGGUGUAAACUUCAUGGAGAAAACGAUUUCUAUCCGGAAUACGGAGAUUACUUUUUCCAUCUGGGAUCUGGGUGGACAACGUGAAUUCGUCAAUAUGCUUCCUCUUGUCUGCAACGAUGCCGUCGCAAUCCUCUUCAUGUUCGAUCUCACUCGCAAGAGCACGUUGAAUUCCAUCAAGGAGUGGUACCGCCAGGGCCGUGGCUUCAAUAAGACCGCGAUUCCUUUCCUCGUUGGCACAAAAUACGAUCACUUUGUCAACUUUCCGCGGGAAGACCAGGAAGAGAUCUCGAUCCAGGCCAAGAGGUUUGCCAAGGCCAUGAAGGCCAGCUUGAUUUUCAGCAGCACCAGCCACAGUAUAAACGUACAAAAGAUCUUCAAGAUUGUCCUGGCGAAGGCUUUCGACCUGAAGUGCACUAUUCCCGAGAUCGAGAACGUUGGUGAACCGCUGUUGCUCUACAAAAACGUAUAG